CUCUCUCUCUCUUUCUCUCUUUAUCUUUCCUCUUUAAUGGCAUCUCUAUUGGAAUGUCUAUAGUAUCUACAAUAUGUACACUAGCUUCAAUCAUGGGUUUAUUAUGUUCAACAGAAGGAGAUUCCACAACCGAAGAAGACUCUGCAGUUCCAUCAUAUUACAGCCAAUGUGCCUGUUGGCUGAUCCACAAGACAAGAUUGAUUCUAAUAGCUCUGUUCUCUAAGUCCAUAUUCUCAAAGAUUAUGUUCCUGCCAUCCAGAGAUAACAAGUCAAUUGAUACGAGCAGUUUUGUUUAAAUGUUUAUAAAUUUUUUAUAAAAGAUCGUUUUAAGUAAAAUAAAUGAG